AUGGCCGCCAAAACCCCCCGUUCUGGGCCUACAGGCUUAACCAGAGGUUAUCUCUUCACCUACAACACUCUCAACCUCCUUUCCUGGGGCACCUGUCUGGUGUACACAGCGACUCUCCUCCCCGAACAUGUCUCAACAAACCGCAUCGCGAACAUCUUUAACCUAACCUUCUCGCCAUUGCUCCUCGCCACACAAUCCCUGGCCCUGCUGGAGGUUGUGCACAGCCUGAUUGGGCUUGUGCGCGCGCCACUCUUGACAACUGCGAUGCAGGUUGCCAGUCGGUUGUUGCUGGUUUGGGGCAUUAUGGCGCAGUUUGGUGGGGAUAUUGUUGGUGCUAAGACUACUCAGCUGGGUGACUAUGCUUAUCUGGGCUGUGUUGCUGCUUGGGGUAUCACCGAGAUCAUUCGUUAUGGAUUCUUUGCUAUCACGCUUUCUGGGAAUUCGGUUCCUAGCUGGUGGACGUGGUUGCGGUACAACACUUUCUAUGUUCUCUACCCUAUUGGUAUUUCCAGCGAGUGCACUCUCAUUAUCAAGGCUCUUGGUCCUGCUGGAAGCAUCAACCCGCUUUUCCGCUUUGGUCUGAUUGCUAUUCUUGCCAUCUAUAUUCCUGGCUCCUACAUUCUGUAUACCCACAUGAUUGCUCAGCGCCGCAAGGUCAUGCGCGGUAAGCAGCGCGCCGAGUAG